CAUAGGCAUAAGCAUAAGUACUGAUCACGCCUCAAGUUAUUUUAAUUAAAGCAAAAAUGGAGAAAGAGAGAGGAGAGGAAGAAGUGAAGUACCGUGGAGUGAGAAAGAGGCCAUGGGGUAAGUUCGGAGCAGAGAUCAGAGACCCAACAAAACCUACGGGAAGGCAAUGGUUAGGGACAUUUGACACUGCUGAAGAAGCUGCUAGAGCUUAUGAUCGUGCAGCCAUUGCUUUGAGGGGUGCUCUUGCAAUCCUUAAUUUUCCUCAUGAGUUCCAUUCUCAUCUCCCUUUUAUAUUAUCAAAUUCUUCUACUAAGGGAAAUGGAAGUUCUUUUGAUAAGGAAGUUAUUGAGUUAGAGUAUUUGGAUGACAAGGUGUUGGAAGAGCUUCUUGAGUUAGAAGAGAAGAGAAGGAAUAACGAAGACUAAGAUCACUGGAGUACUAUUCAUUGUUUUGAGAUCCCCGGCCCCUUUUAUUUUCUCUAGUUCUCCACUUGUAUUAAUAUCUGAACUGAUGAUUUAGGGUUCGGAUUGAUUUCCAAAAAUCUUCCCCACCCAUUGAUUGAAUUAAAUUGUGUAUGCUUCAAAAAUCUUACAAUUAAUGCAACAAAAUCUUUAAAUGAUUCGAUGGA